CAGAAGUCCUGUGCGGCUUAUUACAUCUGGAAUUGUCCUCGCUGCGAUUCCCGAUGGCGAGCUGGGUCCGAUGUGUGACCUCUUGUGGUCAGACCCGGAUGACAGAGGUGGUUGGGGCAUCAGUCCAAGGGGUGCUGGCUAUACCUUCGGACAAGACAUUUCAGAGCAAUUUAACCACAGUAAUAGCCUCUCCUUGAUCAGUCGCGCGCAUCAACUGGUAAUGGAGGGCUUCAACUGGUGCCAUGAGCGCAAUGUCGUCACCAUCUUCAGUGCUCCCAACUACUGCUAUCGAUGUGGUAAUCAGGCGGCCAUAAUGGAGUUGGACGACAAUCUAAAGUACACCUUUGCGUCACCCCCGUAG